AUUUAUAUUUAUAUUCUUACAUUCUUUAAAUUUCUCUAUAUUUGUUGUACAGUGAUCCAACUGGAAACCAACAUGAGGAGGUUUUCUGAGGAGGGCAGGAUGGAAAACAUCUCGUCACACAAAUAUUUCAUCCUGGACGGCUUCAGUGAACUGGGAGCCCUGAGGCCCGUCCUCUUCGUCCCGUUCUUCAUCAUGUUGGUUGUGUCACUGUUGGCCAACUCCUUGCUGCUGUACGUGGUCAUUUCUCAGAAAAGCCUCCACUCACCAAUGUACAUCCUCAUUGCUGGCAUGGCGUGUGUGGACCUGAGUCUGCCGCUGUUCACCAUCCCCAACAUGCUGCUGAGUUUCCUGUUUAACUGGAGAGGAAUCUCUCUGAUUGGCUGCCUGUUUCAGAUGCACUUUGUUCACUUUGUAGGAGCUUUUCAGUCCACGUUUCUGGUAUGGAUGGCACUGGACAGAUAUUUUGCCAUCUGCACGCCACUUUACUACCAUGAGUGCAUGGCGUUACCAAGAUUCCUCAAGUUUAUCGUCCCACUUGUGAUCAGAAACUUUGUCCCUGUAACAGUUUUUGUGAUUCUGGCAGGGAAGUUAUCAUUCUGUGCUGAAAAUGUGAUGGAGCACUGUUUCUGUGAGCACAUGGCACUAGUGGAGCUGGGCUGUGGAAGCACUGCCAUCAACAGCCUGAUUGGUCUACUGGGCGUGUUCUUCAUCGCUAUAGCUGAUUUCAUCUUUAUCACUGCUUCCUAUGUUUUCAUAUUCAGCUCCUUGCUCAAGUCCAACAAGUCGGGUGUCAAAGCUCUUCACACCUGUGUCACACACAUUGUGGUCAUGAUCAUGGGCCUGUCCAUCGCACUGGUUGCUUUCCUGUCAUAUCGGAUCAGAAAUUAUCUUCCAGACGCCGUUCGGGUUUUCUUCAGCACCAUGUACCUGCUGUUCCCGAGCUGCUUCAACCCGAUCAUCUAUGGCAUCAGAACCGCCGAGAUCAGACGGCACAUCCUGAAGAUCUGCUGCUCUAAACAGCACACCUUGGGUCUAUCUGCAUGGGUCGUAGACUUCCUAACAGACCGCCCACAGCAAGUCAGAGUGGGAUCAAAUAUCUCCACCACUCACUCUCAGGAGUGGUCCCCCCAUAAUGUGCUCAGCCCAAUGCUUUUCACACAUGACUGCACCCCCAUCUGCUCUUCAAACACCAUCAUUAAAUUUGCAGAUGACACGGCUAUAAUGGGUCUGAUCUCUGAGGAGGACGAGACAGCUUAUAGGCAUGAGGUGGAUCAUCUCACUCAGUGGAGAAAGAACACCUCUAAAACCAAGGAGAUGAUCAUAGACUUCUGGACGACAGAGGUCUGA